GGAAGCACACGGUGGAAGAACACGGAUGGCGGCUCCAGCUCCAGCUCCAUUUCCAGAUUCCCACAACGAUGAGUCGCUACUGAGGUCCGGCCACGCCCUGGCUUGCGCGAUUUCAUGGGGGAUCCUCGUCCCAAUGCUCGUCUACAGGGAGAAUUUCCUGCCCAGUCCCCUGCCGCGAUCUCACAUCCUUCUCAAGGCGGCGCUCUACGCCAUCGCCGCGGCCGCGACGGCGAUCGGGUUCUGGGCGAGCGCGAUCUCUCACGGCGGCAUCGCCAACCACAAAGCCCACUUCGGCAUCGCGAUCGCGCUGCUGGCGAUGGCAUUUCUCCACCUGGUGGGAGUCAAACAUCGGGUGUGGGGCAUCGAAAUCUUUGGCCUCAUCGUCAUGGUUCUCGCCAUCACCGAUGUGUUUGGUGGAUUCGGGAUCCUCCGGCCUCACCGCGUGUGGCGGAUCGCCUACGUUUCGAUCAUCGCCACGCUCAUCGCCAUUGUGGGCUGCUCGAUGUGCUGCCUCUACUGCUGCUUCCAGGGAGGGGUGCUCUGUUUCUUUACGUUUAGGAGGCAUGUACAGGCCGAGGAUGAUUUCUAGCUUUGAUCUUGCGAGACAGAGCAAUGGAAUUUCUUCAAGAAAACAGAGUGGAUCUCGCUCUAGGAAUUGGCUACAUAGGCCGAGGAUGAAUUCUAUCCUUGAUCACACUGGGCUUUUGCGAAACAGAGCAAUGGAAUUUCUUCAAUUUCUUCAAGAACAGGGGAAUUGGAUUGGAAUCGCUCAAUUCCUCCAAGAACUCGCUAAUUCCUUCUCUAGACUCCGUAGGAUGUGGUGAACGUAGCGCUCUCCUGGCGGUGAAUGUAGCCACUCUGGAGGGGACGCAGCACACACAUGAGAAUCUCCGCGGCGACCCCAGCAACGCAUCCCAGCGAUAGCACAACGGUGUACGCAAUCCUAUAGCCGCGGGGAGGAUCCAGCAUGUCGAAUCCCUUGAAAACAUUGACGAUCCCCAUGAUCAUCACCGCCCACGCCACUCCAUCCACCGGGCAGCAGCAGUAGCACUGGAAUCCGGUCGCCCCUAUCCCUCCCAGCACCAGCAGCGCGAUCGCGAUGCUGAAGUGCGCCUUGUUUCCAAUCUCUCCCGCGUCGCCGGCGAGCCACAGGCCGACGAUCGUGCCGCCAAAGCCCAGCGUGUAGGCGAUGAUCCUCACGGCGUAGAAGAGCUUGAGGUGCCUGCCCUGGACCUGGAGGCGCGUCACGAAUCCAUACCAGCGGAUCACCAGCGGGAUCAAGAUCCCCCACGAGAGCGCGCACACGAUUCCAUGGACGUUCCUCACGGUGUGAUGGGAGUUAUUGUCGUAGAUGCUUCCGUUGGCCAUGAAAGAAAGAGUUUCUCUCCUCUCAAUUUCGCGGAGAAAACCUUUUACUCUUUCUCGAGCUCAUUCUCGGAGAGCAACUGUUUGGAGAUCUCUUGUUUGACGAAGAAAAGCUUCUACGAAACGACAACGAAAAAACGCUGAGAAGCGUUCUUUCACGCGUAUUGCGAGCACCACGUCUCACAAGUCUAUUUACAUGUGCUACAAAUGAAAAGUCUACGCUGAUCUUCCGGGUAUGAGCCAAAAAAAAAAAAAAAAAA